GUACGAGUGGUGCAGUAAGUUGGACGCGCAUGCGCACUCUCGCUCCCCUUUUCCUCGGAAGCAGCCCAGAAGCAUCGCACCAUGUCAGAACCCGAUCUGGAAUUCGCCAAAGUGGAGUCCGGCGCCUCGGCCACGUACCCGAUGCAGUGCUCGGCCCUGCGCAAGAACGGCUUCGUGGUGCUCAGGGGGCGCCCCUGCAAGAUCGUGGAGAUGUCCACCUCCAAGACCGGCAAGCACGGCCACGCUAAGGUCAACCUGACUGGCAUCGACAUCUUUACCCAGAAGAAGUAUGAAGACAUGUGCCCCUCCACCCACAACAUGGAUGUGCCCUCCAUCAAGAGGCUAGACUAUCAGCUGCUCAACAUCACCGAGAACUUCAUGUGCUUGAUGGCCGACAACGGCGACAUCCGCGAGGACCUGCGCGUUCCCGAUAACGAAGUCGGCAAGGAAAUCGAGACGAAGUUUGAGGCCGGUGACGAGUUUCUGGUCACCGUGAUGUCCGCCAUGGGGGAGGAGUGCGCCGUGGCGACCAAGGUCCUGACCAACAAAUAAGCGGACGGACUUUGCAGCCCCGGCAACAAGCACCGCCCACAACCAGUCUUGCAUUCUCAUUGGUUCUUCUGUCACCAAAGCGUCGGCCUUCACUGACAACCUCAAAUCAUCCUUUUUGUCAUUUCUCGAUUAUUUUUUCUUUUCUUUUCUUCCUCCCAUUUUGCUUUCUGUCAUCGCCGUGGGGAAUAUUCGGGUGCAGCUCGCUGCCUGAUGGCUCACAUUUUGUGGUAACGCGUCGACUUUCUAGAAAACGACUGAAAAAAAAAAAGAGCUGCUCAUCGCUUCCGCUUCUUUUGGCCUUCACAGUGUUGCUCACAUUCCUGACUGUUGAAAUAACAACAAUGGGAUUCAGCUUUUGUAUCUUUUUUUGUUAAUAUUCUAUCGAUUGACAUCUUUUAGAGCGAGGCGAGGCGAGGGCCUCUAUAGAUAGUAGAUCCGCUUGGGGGCGCCCCUCUUGCGGCAAGCUUGUCCGUUGACGGGAUGUUGGCGACGGCAGCGAGUGCUUGCGGGCGCUUAAGCUUCACCCCAAAUUCCAAAACCAGGAAGUCUCCCCCCCCCCAAAAAAAAUUCUUCUUAAGACACGUGAGUGAUUUUGUUCCCUCCGACUGCUGUGAGGCAGACGUGCACUCGCCCCUUCAAACCAAUCCGUCUGUCAGUCGCCCUCAGCCAUCCUCCCUAUACUAAACGAGUGUUUUUUGUUUUGUUGUUGUUGUUUUUUUUUUUAAUUACCCAAGAGGCGCAAGUGGAAUGCAGUGUGAGCUUCAGACAUGUGGGAGGCGCUUUGCAGUGAGCUUUCUGUUUGAGGAACUCAAAACGGGUUUGAGGAGGGUGGCGGCCGCAAACUUUUUGUUCACUCGAGGCCUUUGUCACCUGACUGGAGAUGGCUGAAAAUAAAUCGUUGAAACAAAUGGACAA